GAUGGCGCUUAUCGGUAACACUAAGGUACAUUGCGUGAUCCGAAGGAACGGAAAAAGAUUAAUACGACAAAGUUUAAAAAAAAGAGAAAAAAUUGAGAGUAUACGAAAUUAACGGUGACGGGUAAGCCGAGCGAGUUAAACGAUCAAAUUGUACAUUCCGGCAGAUCCUAGUCCUCGAUGAGCCCACAUACGGAAUCGAUCUCGGGCACAGAAGGCAAAUGUGGGACUUACUUUCAGAAUUGGUUACGUUUUGAGCUUGCUGAUGCAAGAAGGUGCCGACACGGAGCGACUUCAUGAGGAAGUACAAAAUUUCUCGCCUGAUCCGAUCGCUCUGCGAAGCGUGAUGGGUCUCGUAGUGCGAUUCGACGUACCGCGGAACAGUCGUUUCACCAAAUUGCUCCAACAUUUGGAAUCCAAAAAAGAGGAGCUGGGCAUCGUGUCGAUUACGUUGAGCAUCGCGAGCAUCGAGGGUCAAUUACUCAGGUGUAGCCAAAUGAACAUUAAUGAGGCACAAUAUCUCAUUAUAAUUAAUCUCGUUUAUUUUCGUUUGCAUCGAACGCAACGUUGUUCUCAGCGCGACAAGAUUGUCGGACUAGCGAAAACAUAUUCUUCUUAGGAGCAAAAUUAAAAUCAAAUGAUAACAAUUUCCAAUAAUACAAAGACAAAUAUCAGAAAGUAGGAAAGUAGAAGUUCGACAUCGCGACGCUGAUUUAUAUCCUAUAUUCAGGAUAGGUUUAUCGAGUCACUUCAAGGAACGCAGCGUGGAGCUACCCGACGCCAAGUACGAGCUUCUCGUGCAAAAGAGACGGCGAGACUUGUUACGAAAAUGUAAUGUAAAUCUUAUACAAAUCGAACUAAAGGAUCCACAUCAGAUAUCCGAAUAAAUCGAACCAAAGUUUUAUCGUUAGCCAAAACAUGGGAGCGUUUGACCGGGAAAACUCUGCGGCGGCAGCAAGUUCUCGCGAUGUUCUACAAGAAACUGUUGCACGUCGCUUCAUCUUGGAAAAUAUACGCGUACUCGAUAAUACUGGCGAUCGUUACCCUGACUCUAACCACCAUGAUUAGCGAGUUGAGCAGUUUCGUGCUCUUCGACAUGACCGAGAGGACUAUGAAUCUGACGCAUUACGUACACAUCAACGAUCUUCAUGUUCUUUAUUACGCGGCCGCCGAGAAAUCCGCGAGAGACUUCCUCGUCGCGUUGUACACUACCGGUCAGUCGUACAGCGACAGACAUAAUUAUCACAUUUCCAAAAACAUCUCCGCCAUGGACCUGAUGAUUCACCCCGACUUGCAGUCGAUAGAGGUAACGUAGAGAAUACCAUAGGAACUCUAACGCCAGGUCCACACCCUUAACCCUAGAACACGCACGUAAAA